UCAAGAAGCUCGCAUCGAAAGAAUAUGCCCGAGAAAUGCGACAAAGGAUCGACGAUUACCAGACAUUUAAACCUAUUCAUUACGGAAUAAAAACAUUCCUUUCAACGGACGAAGGUGCUUCUCAUCUGUCCAUAUUUGCCCCAAAUGGUGAUGUAGUAGGAGUGUCUACUUCCAUCAACUCCCACUUCGGUAGUAAAAGAGCUUCAUUAUCAACAGGAAUUAUUUUCAACAAUGCAAUGAACAUCUUCAGCUCACCUAACAACAGAAGUCGUCAUGGUCUUCCACCUGCAGAGUACAGCACUGUAUCUCCUGGGAAACGACCACUUUCUUCAAUGUGUCCAACAAUAGUAAUAGAUGGUGACGGGAACGUAAGACUUGUAAUAGGGGGGACAGGUGGCGUCAAAAUUAUCACGGGAGCUGCACUCGUUAGUGUCCUGAACUUAUGGGCAGGGAAAUCCAUUAAAGAAGCCGUUUAUUCCCCACGUGCCCACCACCAGCUGCUUCCAGAUAUAGUUGAAUACGAAUCUGGUUUCUCCCAGGAGGUACUACAGGGACUUCAGCAGAAAGGACAUGACGUAGAGGAAAUGGGUAGUUUUAGUUCUGUUAUCAUGGGAAUUGUUCGGGAUAAAGACGAACUGUAUGCUAGCGCCGACUAUCGGAGAGGAGGAGCAACUGAUGGAUUCUAGAGGAGCAACCAACAGUGGUAUAUUGGAUUAUAAAUAUCGGACCAAUUGAUGUGAUUCGGGAAAAUGUGUUAGUCUUGCGUGGGAAUAAUGCUGAAACGCUUCCAUAUUCGUGUGCACAGGGUGUUUUGAAAAGGUGUCGGACCAGCUGCUGUAAGUGACAUUAUUUAUAUCCACCACUACAGACACUUGUAAUUGUUCAGAUGUAGACUAUUGAAACACUCUUCACGAUGAUUGGUGUAAAUCAAACCACUCUUCUCUGUGAUUGUUGUAACUGAUCUGAGAGCUUAAUUAAUUUAAUAGUCGAACUGUGAUUUUUGAUGUAUAUAAGUCAGCUUAAUUUAUGUAAUUCCAGAGCAUAGGUGUUUGUACAAGUUGGAGACAUUCUUAUAUUUUUAAUUGUUGAAUUCCAUUUUAUUUCAAAAUAGUGGAUAUUUAAAUGGGAACAAACUUUAUUUUAAACGAAUUCUUUAUCAGUGUCUUAUAUUUUAUCAUUACAGAGCGCAUCACCAGCUUCAGUAUCGAACAGCGCUCUGAAUAUAGCCGAAUAUAGGGUUUAUAAGUAUUAUAAGUUAAUUACGUAAAUGUCACUACGAAUAUUGUCGUUAACUAAAAAAUACGAUAACCUAUAACCCGAGCGUUUUCGAAAGGGGGGGGGGGCUUUGUUUUUCAUCAGAGAGAAUUUUAAUGUUUUUGCCAAAACUUUUCCCUCCUCCUUCGAUCCCAGUUCUUCCUUUACACUUGCCUCCCCCCUCCACAGAAAAGCGCACGUGGUUGAUAGUAAUGCCUCCAUUGUUUCUGAUAAAUAUGAAUAUCGAAACUAGUUUCACCUUCUCUACCCUACUUCACAGUUUGCGUAUUUAUUUUAUAAAAUUUGGCCGCGUACUGACUUUUUAAUCACGUCUUAGCAUUUCUUCAUUGUCUUUUGGUAUCAAGUUUUAUAUUAGAAGAUUGAUAUAUCCCGACUCUACACCGUCACAGCAGUCUCUCUCCCACACAACGAUUCCGACUCUACACCGUCACAGCAGUCUCUCUCUCCCACACAACGAUUCCGACUCUACACCGUCACAGCAGUCUUUCUCUCACAACGAUUCCGACUCUACACCGUCACAGCAGUCUCUCUCCCACACAACGAUUCCGACUCUACACCGUCACAGCAGUCUCUCUCUCCCACACAACGAUUCCGACUCUACACCGUCACAGCAGUCUUUCUCUCACACACAACGAUUCCGACUCUACACCGUCACAGCAGUCUCUCUCUCCCACACAACGAUUCCGACU